GACGACCUUCCGUCCCACACCACUCGUCGCACUCUACGAACGUGACAGCUUCCCAGAGCUGUGUCCCGACGACAGACAUUCAUUGCGCAGGACGAGAUCUCCCACCUGCAGGCCGCUCCAGCUGCACGAGCUUCGUGAAGUUCGGAGCACGCAGCCAGAGCUCCCCAGCGUGCCACUGUCGGCUCCUUGCAUACCUCGUUGCCAUAGCGAAGUCUGCUCCAUCAUUAAGCAGCAGCCUUUUGGUUCUCUCUGGGACGAAUGAUGGCACAACAAUACGGCGACAUGUAUUCAGAUUAUAAUCCUUCGAAUCGAUCGCCGGGCUCCCAACGGGGUUACGCUCAAAAUGGUCUCACGCUCAAUCGCCAACCAUCGCGACAGUUCGACAACUACGGUGGAAGUCAGUUGUCCGGCCUCUACACGGCAGAAGACCACGCUGCAUCACAAUACGAAUCCCCUCCACAUCGAUUUGACAGGAUGCCGUCUGCCACUCUUCACUCGAAUUAUGGCCAGUACGAUAAUCAGACUUGGAACUAUGGAGGGGCAAAUGGCAACUCAAAUUUGAUGGGCGGAACGGGCCGAGUUAAACCCUCGAGUCGUCGAGCAGGACUUCCACCUAAUUGGAUGGAUAUGCCUCAGCAGCAGAAUAUGAAUAACUAUCAACUCAACAACAAUCAAUAUAACUCGCCAGCUAUCCAGCAAUCCCACGAGCGAAUUUCAUCUCCUAACGGCGACAGCGAUGAACUUAUCCCUACUGCUAUUGUUAUCAAAAAUAUCCCAUUUGCCGUCAAGAAGGAACAGCUCGUCGCGCUUAUGACGGAGAUGCGUCUGCCGCUCCCAUACGCUUUCAACUACCAUUUUGACAGCGGUAUCUUCAGGGGUCUGGCUUUUGCCAAUUUCACCACAGCGGAGGAAACCGCACAAGUCAUCAGUGUGAUGAAUCAUUUGGAGCUUCAAGGCAGGAAGUUGAGGGUCGAAUACAAGAAGAUGCUUCCCGCUCAAGAACGAGAGAGGAUCGAGCGGGAUAAGAGAGAGAAGCGUGGUCAAUUGCAGGAGCAACAUCAACCUCUGGCGCCUAACCAAGUCCCACACCCACUUCAUCCCCAGGCCUCAGUUACUUCUUUAGCCUCAAAUCAUCAUCCCACUUCUCCGUCACCAAAUUCUGUACGAGGAAAGCUUGAUAUUGAUCUUAAUGACCCAGUCACACUAGGCUACUACAAUGAGCUCUUGGUCUUCAAGAGUUCCGAUCGAGAGACUUUAAUCUUCCCAAGCACAGUCUCCCCUGCCGAUCGCAGAAUCAUCCACACCUUGGCACAUCAUAUGGCACUUGAGCAUCGAUCCGAAGGCCAAGGAGAGACACGAUGUGUUCAGAUUCUCAAGCACAGAGCUGCCAUAAGCCCUCCAAGCCACCAGUACCAUAGCUACAACGAUACCCAACGUCGAGGCUUGGCCCGUGCUGCCACAAUCGAUUUCAGCGAAACUCGCGAUAAUCCUGGUUACCAUAACCACACUCUUGGCCGCCAGGGCUCUGGUUUGUUGGAUAUUCCGGGAUCUCCAGGCGUCACUGGACUCGGUGCCGCUCACAAUCUUCGGGCUGCAAAGUCAUUUGCUGAUCUUCGUUCGUAUACCCCAUCACCCGCGCAUUCCACCGCCAGUUUCCCUGUCGGUCUCACUAGCAACAUCCAACGAUAUACUGAUAACUACGGCCAUGGUUCAGCUGCUUCCGGCACCCCUAAUCUUACCCCGACGUCUGCCAACCGCGAUGAUGCCUUCGCCUCCCUCUCGAACGGUCUCUCGAAUAUGAACCUUUAUAAUUCCAGCCGCGCGAAUGCCACUGGUCGCAUCGGCCAAGAAAGAGAGAACAAUACCUCGAAUGCUGGUCCCAUUGGUAGCCAACGACCCAUCAAUGGCAAUACCUUCAACGAGGAUACCCGCAACGGAACCACCUCCAUCGAGAGACAACCCCGUGGUCCCGGUACCGAUUGGGGAGUUAGUGGUGGUUUUUCUAGAACCCGACAGAAUGGACAUGUCGGCAGAGGCAGUGGUGAGCUUGAUCUGAAUAGCUUUGAAAAUGGCUGGGAUGAUAACAGAGCUCAAGAUUCAUCCGAUCGAAACGGAGCUUCUGCCUCCACGAACCAACGAUACUAAAGACCUUACGACCGCCACGACGUACACUUUAGAUUCAAGCGCUGAUUGCACACAUUUGCAGCAAUAUAAAAAGCGGGUUUGUCUUGGUGUAUAGACGGUAUGCGACGACGUAGUAUGUCGUAACAUCUGCCUAUGGAGUUUAAUUGGUUCUGCAUGUCGUUGUCAAGCACAUUGUUUUGUUGUGGUGUUUUACCACCUUGCUUUUGUAAUUACGACGUACCCAUAUCUCUUCAAGUCCCUUACAACAAGGACUAAACGAGAGGUUCCUCCCACGCUCCUUACCAUAGCCAUCUACCUGGCUUCAGUACAUAUACUCGAAUCGGCGUAUAACGAGAACGACCGCGACGAAUGAUUGUGUUCCUCCUCCGAUUUCAACCACGAUCUCGAUUCCCCCAAAAAUUUAGCUUUUGGCUUCCAUGAAAACGAAGCCUGAUAGGAUACC